AGCCACUUUCUCCUUGUGAUUUAAAUUCAGCUUCAACCUCAGCUCUAACCAACAUCAAGAUUCAACAUGGAAUUGAAAAUGAGGGAAUGUGAGAGAGAAACCAAGGAGGAUUGUAUACACACUAUUUUGUUCACAGCUGGUACAUUUCUUCUAAUGGUGUACCUAAAGAGCUUUCUAGUUGAGCAAUGGCGUGCUUGGGUGUUCCUCAUCCUCAAUGUCAUUUUAUUAGCCAUUCUAUUCAUGUCUAUGAGGCCGGUCUCUUGGGACCGAAGCGCGGAAAGCGAAAGCGAUGUUGAAGAAGUAAAAGAUGAUGAUAAAGAGAAGAGAAGGCCAUGUGUGUGUUCUUCACAAGAAAUUGAAGAAGGUAAAGAAUGCCACAAAGAUGUCCAUGUUCUUCAGAGUGAGACAGAAGAGGAUGAGGAAGAAGAGGAGGAGGAGGAGGAGCAGGUUCCAAUGUUGUCCAAAGAAGAAUUGAAUGCGAGAGUGGAAGCUUUCAUAGCCAUGUUUAGGCAGCAUUUGAUCUCGGAUGUGAAACAAGCUGAAGAUUUCAGGCUCAACAAACCAGCAAACUUGACUCCUAAGAUUGAAGUUCCUUGCUGUUGAGGCUUAGGUUCUAAAGACAGCUACACAUUUUUUUUCCUUUGUUUCUUCUAAAUUGUUAAGGAUGUCUACUACAUUGUUUUGUUUGGAUUGUUCCAAUUUUCUGGCCCUUUGUUCACCUUAUAUCUUGAAAUUGAAUCCUUUUAAAUGACUACUGAUAAUCUCACCAGUGUUGAAAAUGUUCA